AUGGCUGGUCAGCUACGCUUCGACGGCCAGGUUGUUGUCGUGACGGGCGCUGGCGGCGGCUUGGGCAAGGCCUAUGCCACCUUUUUCGGUUCCCGCGGCGCCUCUGUCGUCGUCAACGAUCUCGGAGGCUCCUUUAAGGGCGAGGGCACCUCGACAAAGGCUGCAGAUGUCGUCGUCAAUGAGAUCAAGGCUGCCGGCGGCAAGGCCGUGGCCAACUACGACUCGGUCGAAAAUGGUGACAAGAUCGUCGAAACGGCAAUCCAAAACUUCGGUCGCAUCGACGUACUGAUCAACAACGCCGGUAUCCUGCGAGACAUCAGCUUCAAGAACAUGAAGGAUGAGGACUGGGACCUGAUCAUGAAGGUGCACGUCAAGGGCUCAUACAAGUGCGCUCGUGCAGCGUGGCCCCAUUUCAGGAAGCAGAAAUACGGCCGUGUCAUCAACACUGCGUCAGCCGCCGGCCUUUUCGGUAGCUUCGGCCAAUGCAACUACUCUGCUGCCAAACUUGCUAUGGUUGGCUUCACUGAAACAUUGGCCAAGGAGGGUGCCAAGUACAACAUUCUGUCUAAUGUCAUUGCACCAAUCGCCGCCAGCCGAAUGACCCAGACUGUGAUGCCGCCUGAUGUGUUGGAGAUCUUGAAGCCCGAAUGGGUUGUUCCCCUUGUAGCCGUACUGGUACAUAAGGACAACACCGACGAGAACGGCUCCAUCUUCGAGGUUGGCGGUGGCCACGUUGCUAAGCUGCGCUGGGAAAGAUCCAACGGUCUUCUUCUCAAAGCCGACGACAGCUACACCCCCAGCGCUGUCAUCAAGAAGUGGGACCAGGCCAUCGAUUUCUCCAAGCCCCAGUACCCCUCCGGCCCCAAUGACUUCCUGACCCUCUUGGAGGAAUCCAUGAAGAUGGGACCCAACGAGCAGGGCGAAAAGGUCGACUUCACCGGCCGUGUUGCCCUAGUUACUGGCGGUGGUGCUGGUAUCGGCCGUGCCUACAGCCUGGCAUUUGCCAAGCACGGCGCUACAGUCGUUGUCAACGAUCUGGCCAAUCCCGACGACGUGGUAAACGAGAUCAAAAAGAUGGGCGGGAAGGCAGUCGGUGUCAAGGCUUCGGCAGAAGACGGUGAUGCCGUCGUCAAGGCUGCCAUUGAUGCCUUCGGUCGCAUCGACAUCGUCGUCAACAACGCAGGUAUCCUCCGCGACAAGGCCUUCAACAACAUGGACGACAGCCUUUGGGACCCCGUCUUCAACGUCCAUCUGCGUGGUACAUACAAGGUCACUAAGGCCGCCUGGCCCUACUUCCUCAAGCAGAAGUACGGCCGUGUGAUCAACACCACGUCCACUUCUGGAAUUUACGGCAACUUUGGCCAGGCCAAUUACGCCGCGGCGAAAUGCGGUAUUCUCGGGUUCUCCCGUGCGCUGGCGCUCGAGGGCUACAAGUACAACAUCUAUGUCAACACCAUUGCACCUAACGCCGGCACUGCAAUGACGCGGACCAUCAUGCCCGAGGAGAUGGUUCAGGCUUUCAAGCCCGACUACAUUGCGCCUGUUGUCCUCGCCCUGUCCAGCGACAAGGUUCCCAAGAACCCCACUGGCGGUCUGUACGAGGUUGGCAGCGGCUGGGUCGGCCAGACCCGCUGGCAGAGAACUGGCGGUCACGGUUUCCCCGUCGACACCCCCUUGACCCCCGAGGAGGUUCUUAAGCACUGGGAUGCCAUCAGGAAUUUCGAGGACGGUCGCGCCGACCAUCCCGAGAAGACCCAGGACGGCCUACAGAAGGUCAUGGCGAACAUGGAGAACAAGAGCAACAAGCAAGAGGCGCACUCUGAUGGCGACAGCCAAUACCUCGGCGCUAUCAAGGCCGCAUUGAAGGCCGAGGGCAAGGGCACCGAGUUUCAAUACGAAGAACGUGACGUGAUGCUUUACAAUUUGGGCAUCGGCGCCAAACGCGACCAGCUCAAAUAUGUUUUCGAAGGCGCCGACGACUUCCAGGUUAUCCCGACCUUUGGUGUCAUCCCCCCCUUCAACACGGAGAUGCCGUACAACUUCGACGACAUCGUCCCCAACUUCUCUCCCAUGAUGCUCUUGCACGGCGAGCAGUAUCUCGAGAUUAAGAAGUAUCCGAUCCCUACCGCGGCGAAGCUUGUUUCCACCGGCAAGCUCCUUGAAGUUGUCGACAAGGGCAAUGCUGCCAUCGUCAAAAGCGGCAUCACGACGAUCCACGCUGAAACCAAGGAGCCUAUCUUCUACAAUGAGAUGACGGUGUUCUUGAGAGGAUGUGGUGGUUUCGGCGGCCAGAAGAAACCGGCGGACCGCGGCGCCAGCACGGCAGCCAACAAGCCUCCUGCGCGGCACCCUGAUGUUGUGGUCGAGGAGAAGACGACCGAGGAGCAGGCGGCGUUGUACCGUCUGAGUGGCGAUUACAAUCCUCUCCACGUCGAUCCUGCCUUCGCCAAAAUGGGCGGCUUCAAGGCGCCCAUCCUCCACGGCCUUUGCUUUUUCGGUAUCGCUGGCAAGGCUGUGUACGAGCGCUUCGGCCCGCUCAAAAACAUCAAAGUGCGCUUCGCCGGCACCGUCAUCCCUGGGCAGACGCUCGUGACGGAGAUGUGGAAGGACGGUGGCAAGGUCAUCUUUCAGACCAAGGUCAAGGAGACAGGCAAGCUGGCCAUUGGCGGCGCCGCUGCCGAGCUGCUCGACAACAAGAGCAAGCUCUAA